AUGUCGGGUUCAGGUGACAAGCUGCAGGUCUGUCCAGGGCGUGUCCGGUUCACUGGAGCCAGGGGGCGUGUCCGGCUGGAGCCAGGGGCGUGUCCGGAUUCACUGGAGCCCGGGCGUGUCCGGCUGGCUGUCCGGCUGGAGCCAGGGGGCGUGUCCGGCUGGAGCCAGGGGUGGAGUAACAUCUCGUCCAGAGUGGGCCGUCCUCGGGAGUCGCUUCGCCAGACACCUCCUCAACAGAUCCACACAGGCUGGUCCCCACACAGCAUGUCGUACAGCACAACCCCCAGCUGCCACACUGUGGAGGGACCGGCCCGGUACGGCUUCGCUCAGAAACCACUCUGGAGGGGUGUACUGGGACCCCAGCGGCCAGAGCGCAGAGGGAGGCAGGAGCCAGCGGCCAGAGCGCAGAGGAGGCAGCAGCUCAGCGGCCAGAGCGCAGAUGCGCAGGCAGCGGUUGAGAGCGUAGAGGAGUGCAGCAGCCAGCGGCCAGAGCGCAGGGACGGCAGGCGCCCAGCGGCCAGAGCAGGGAGGCAGGCAGCAGAGCUCAGCGGCCAGAGCGCAGAGGCAGAGGCGCAGGCAGAGCUCAGCGGCCAGAGGCAGAGGCGCAGCAGCCAGCGGCCAGAGCGAGGGCGCAGGCAGCCCAGCGGCCAGAGCGCAGAGGCAGGGCAGCCCAGCGGCCAGAGCGCAGGGCAGGCAGUCAGCGGCAGAGCGAGAGCGGCAGAGCAGCGGCCAGCGGCAGAGGCCAGGGCAGAGCCUAGCGGCCAGAGGGCAGCAGCGCGGCCAGAGGCAGGGAGGGCGGCAGGGCAGCUCAGCGGCCAGAGCGCAGAGGCGCAGGGCAGCUUCAGCGGCCAGAGCAGGGCCAGCAGGGGCUCAGCGGCCAGAGCGCAGAGGAGGGGCAGAGCAGCGGCCAGAGGCAGAGGCAGGGCAGCUUCAGCGGCCAGAGCGCAGAGGCGCAGGCAGCUCAGCGGCCAGAGGGCAGGCAGCAGGCAGCUCAGCGGCCAGAGAGAGAGGCGCAGGGCAGACAGCGGCCAGAGGCAGAGAGCAGGCAGCGCAGCGGCCAGAGCGAGGGCAGGGCAGCUCAGCGGCCAGAGAGGCAGAGCAGGCAGCCAGCGGCCAGAGCGAGUGCUCAGGCGCAGAGGCCAGAGAGGCAGCUCAGCGGCCAGAUCGGCAGAGGAGCAGGCAGCUCAGCGGCCAGAGCGCGACCAGGGCCAGGGCAGCCCAGCGGCCAGAGCGCAGGGCCAGAGGCAGCCCAGCGGCCAGAGCAGGCAGAGGCGGCCAGGCGCAGCCUCAGGCCAGAGCGCAGAGGCGCAGGCAGCCCAGCGGCCAGAGCGCAGAGGGCAGGCCCAGCGGCCAGAGCAGAGGCCAGGCAGCCCAGCGGCCAGAGCGCAGAGGCAGCAGCCCAGCCCAGAGCCAGAGGCGCAGGGCAGCCAGCGGCCAGAGCGCAGGCAGCCAGCGGCCAGAGCGCAGAGGCCAGCGGCAGCUCAGCGGCCAGAGCGCAGAGGCCAGCAGCGCAGAGCGCAGCGGCGGCCAGAGCGAGGGGCAGGCAGCCAGUUGUCAGGGUUGGAGCAGAGGCAGCAGCCAGCAGGCCAGGCCCAGCGGCAGAGGCGGGACCAGGCAGCCAGCAGGCAGCGCCCAGGCCAGGAGUGCAGAGGCAGGAGCAGCAGCGGCCAGAGCGGCCAGACCAGCAGGCAGCCCAGCGGCUCAGAGCGCAGGGCCAGCCAGAGCGCAGAGGAGGCCAGGCAGCCAGCGGCCAGAGCGCAGAGGACUAGCACCGCAGGCAGCCCAGCGGGCCAGAGCGGCAGAGGCCGGUGCUGGGCAGCUCCAGCGGCCAGAGCGCAGAGGCGCAGGGCAGAGCUAGCCAGGAGGCGCAGAGCGGCAGCAGGCAGUGUUGUGAGCGCAGAGAGGGCGCAGGCAGCCAGGGAGCCAGAGCCAAGGGCGGACCAGCGGCCAGAAGCGAAGAGGCGCAGGCAGCUCAGCGGCAGAGCAGAGGCGCAGGGCAGCCCAGGGCCAGAGCAGAGCGGCCAGCAGGGCUCAGCGGCCAGAGGGAGAGGCCAGCAGGGCAGCUCAGCGGCCAGAGUGAGAGGCAGGGCAGGGCAGCGGUCGAGGGUGAGCGAGGCCAGCAGGCAGAGCGGUCAGGAGCGAGGGCACCGCCCAGCGGCCGAGCAGGGGCAGGGCAGCUCAGGCGGCCAGAGCGCAGAGGGCAGGGGCAGCGGCGGCCAGAGAGAGGCAGGGCAGAUUAGCGGCCAGAGCGAGAGGCGCAGGCCCAGCGGCCAGAGCGAGGGGAGGCAGCUCAGCGGUCAGGGCGCAGAGGAGGCAGGCAGCCCAGCGGCCAGGAGAGGGGGCCAGCAGGGCCGAGCGCAGGAGCAGAGUGAGGGCCAGCAGCAGCUAGCGGCCAGAGCGAGGGCCAGGCAGGCAGCCCAGCGGCCAGAGUGA